CAUGGCGUAGUCUCCGAGUCCACCCCCCGCUCUCCUCCCUCUUCUUCCUCCCAUCAACAAGAUGCUGCUGGGGAAGCGUCCUCGCCCUCCGAUCAAGAGAACCGCCAGUAUGACCGGAAUCACGCCGGAUCUACCCGACGUCGAACCAGAAGAGCCGUCCGAUCAAAAUCACGACCUAAUUACUGAUCCCCGCGCCACGGCGGCUGCACAAAUACGCCACCUCGCCAUUCCGGCCCAAACUACCAUCGCCAAUCCAAGAAAUCCGUCGCCACGUGAUCUCGUGCAGCCACCUCCCGAUCACUUCCUCCGCACGUGCGGCCUCUGCAAACGCCGCCUCGUUGCCGGCCGCGACAUCUACAUGUACAGAGGAGACACUGCGUUUUGUAGUUCGGAGUGCAGAGAGAAGCAAAUAAAACAAGACGAGAGAAGAGAGGUGUACGGAGCGGCAGGGUCGAAGAAGAAAGAUGAGCGGCAUGCGCCGUUGUCGACGGCGGCCGGGAGGGGGUCGAGGAAGGGCCAAGACGGUGGCGGCCGCUUAUGAGAGGGACCACAAACAGUUGGACAAGAUUUUCAUUAAUUAAUAUGAUUCCACCACCACCGAUUCCGCCUCCGCCGCUGCCUCUCCGCUCGCCAGCUGUCUAGUUGUUGGAGGUUACUACCAUGUCAUAUGGUAUUUUAAUUUUUCAGUAACUUGUACAAACAGAAUACUUAGAAGAUCUAAAAAGAAAAAGGGAAAUUGAAAAAGCUGUGGGCGAAUUAUUAUUUGAUGUAGACUUUUAUCUUAGAUAUUGUAAUUUCGUGAUUUGGUAUGACUGAAGAGUCUAUAACUACUAUAUACUUUACAGAAUAAAAAAUCUUUUCUUUUUAA